GAUUGGGAUCCCAAUUUUAGGUUUUGGCCGCUACUCCGCUUCUCCUCCUACUCGCGAUUCCCGUCGUCCAGAAGCUUCUGCCUUCUGCGUUUUGAUUCGGAUCGAGUCAAGCCUAUGCGAUUCAGCCUUCUUCCUUCUUCGCUAAGAGUUCAAGACGGCGACACUCCGACACCGACGCUGCAAUCCCUCUUUAAUUCUUCGUUCUUCCCUUCUUCUUUGUUGAAUAAUAGAGUAAGCAGCGCAGUCGAAGUGUCCAAGCAAAAAGACUUCGCCCCGUAAGCCGUCUCGGCUAGUCAGUAGUCACCGACUGUCCUCCGCCCCAGCACUGAUCUAGGUCUCCGUCACCAAGACUCCAAUCGCGGCUGCCAAGUGCUAGAAUAAAUGGAGCAUAGCUCAGUUCAAGAUCAAUGCAAUGGAACAUUCUCACUGGCAGAUGAAGAUCAUACACUUGCCAAUGCGCUUAGAUUCUCUCUUAAUCAGGAUCCCAGAGUCAUACUUUGUGGGUACAACAUUCCACAUCCUUCAGAGGCUCGGGUUAAUAUAAGAGUCCAGACUACAGGUGAUCCGGCUGUGGAAGUGCUGAAAGAUGCAUGCCAUGAUCUGAUGCUUAUGUGCGAGCACACUAGGAGCACCUUUGAUCAAGCUCUUGCAAAAUUCAAGAGUGAGAAAGGCAUGAAAGCAAUGAAGUUGGGAAAGAAGUGAUUGGUUAAUACUCGCUCUUCACUUUAUAUAUUGAUGGUAAUCUGUUGCAUAUGUAUUUUUAUGCAAUCUUUUUUUGGGGUAAUAUCUUGGUUGCUUUUCUCCUCUAAGUGUGUAUGACUUCUUUAACUUUGUCCUUAAAACUGUAGUAGAUAUUGUGAUCACAACUAUUUUGUCAAAGAAAUGUGAAGCAAAUUAUGUCCCCCU